AUGAAAUCGCUGCAGGCCCAACUGCUAGAUAAGAACUACAAGCGUGCAUCGCUGGAGAAGGUUCGCUCGGGCAAGGUGGAGCUUGGGGGCAAAGUCCAGACAAUUAAUGCAAGCGAACGCGACUUUGUAGCCAAGUUGAGCAAACGAUUGGACCUUGACGCGGUGGAGGCACUCAAGAUCUUCCGCAACUUCAUGAAGUAUGAAGCAACAGGACGUUUCGAGUACGAUGCCGAAACCUCCCUGCGCGAGGUCAUGCGGCACUACUACCGCGAGCGGCAAGCGCUGCUCAAGUGCCUCUCGGCCAUCUUCCGCAUCUCCAUGGCAGACCAAGAUAACGCCCCUGUCGAAGAGGCACAACAGCGGCUGAGCGAUCCCAAGAACAAGCUCGACCGUCGCAUGCUCGAGCAGUUUAUCAAUCUGUCGGACGAACCCGAAGCGAGACAAGACCAAGAGGCCUGGGCGAAGAACAAUCUCGAAGAGCAGAGUCUCUGCCUUGAGAUUCUGUUCCUCUACUUCUACUGCCGAGAGCCUGUGUUUGAGCCAGAGACCAUUCUCAGCUACGCGCGCUAUCUCAAGAAACACAUCGCAUGGGAUAAAAUCCAUCCACUGCUGGGCGAGGAGAGCCGGCCGCUCAUGAACAGGAUAUGCGUCCAGUGCGUAUUGAUUUUAUUGGCGCUGUUCGGUUUGGAGACCAUCGUCGAGGAUGGAGAUCAAACGCCCGGCAGGGCGACGAAAGCACUGCCUGCCGAGACACGGCAGCUGUUUGACAAGGAGUUCGAGCAGUGGGCUCGAGACCUGAACGUGGUGCCGUUUUUGAGCGUAAUGACUCACGUGUUCGCCCGCAACGACCCACACGUUGCUGGCUACAAAAGUGUCAUCUGCGGCGAAAUAAGUGCUGCCUUGACGUGCUUCGAUAUUGGCGCCGUAGGGGAGUUUGAUCACCUGCUUCAGCUCUACCACGACAUCUUCUUCAACGAAACCGCUAUCACCCUCCCUUACUUGAAGGCCAACUUCACAAAGAAGUGCAACGCUCUCUACCACAUCUCGCGAUCAAGCUUCCCUCACGAGUUCGAUCCCUUCGUUCGACUGAGCCAAACGUUUGCUGCGGACUCCAUCUGCGCCGAGUUCAUGUUCCGCCAGAUCUUGGAACUGAAGCACUUCACCGUGUCUCGAGGCCUCGUACACCGUGUUGAUAGAGAUGAGUUCAUACAGUGGAACAUUGGCAACUAUUCUGGGUGGACCUACUUCAUGGGCAAGAUCUACGUACUAGCCACCAAGCUCUCCAAUCGACAGCCCACAUCGGCAUCGGAGAUCGUUCAGGUGACGCUGAUCCUGCGGCUUAUGAACCAGCUGUUCGCCAAGAAGGACGACCUGAUCAAAUACCUAAACGAUCACCUCAAAGGCACCAUGGGACGGAACACCAACCUGCUGCGUCAGCUCUUCACCCUACUGCGGACGUCCUCGAACCUUGCUUCUUCCUCGCCCGCGUUGCUGGAAAUGUUGGAUGCAUGCGUGCGGUGCAUCAACCACUUCGCCACCAGCCACCCGCUUCAGGUGUGGGAGGAAAUGCGGCGCGGAGGAGUGCUGCAAGAGAUGUCGUCCUCUAUCAAGGGCAAGCCCGACGGUGACAUCAGGCAGAUUCUGAUGCUGGAGCAGAGGAACGGCCUCUACCCAAUCACGAUAUCCUUCCUCAACCUUCUCUAUACGCUGCUCAGUUAUGCGCGCAAGUGGCAGCUCCCAGAAACGCAAACAAACACCAUGCAAGACGAAGGGGACAUGGACUCGGUAUCCUUGGAGGAUUUCCACCCGUGCUUGUCCUUCGUCAAGGCUGACCUGUUCGCGCGCUACGAGUCCUGGCGCUACCAGAAGCCGCAACAAAAGCACAAAAUCGGAAUCAAGAUCAUGAACAUAUUUAUUGAUAUCCUCAGCGAAGACACCGUCAAGAACUUGACCGGGCAGACCCUGCCAAUGGCAAAGACGGAUAUGGACCUGUCCUUGGCGUCCCCCAUGGCCAAGUAUCAGCCGAUGACUCCUCUAGGCUGCUUUCACUUCUAUGCGGGAUUCGGCUUGAUUCGGGCUUUGCUGCGACGGGUGCUCGCCCACCCUCGCUCGUUGGCUACCUGGGAACGCAAGCGGAAGCACUUCAAAACGCAGAACCUGAGGGUGGAAAUUCUGCGACUGGUGGAGAAGGCGCUUCGCCACCAACCUGGCCUCGCGUUGCUCUUCAUCAACAUCGACGCCAACAAGGCCAAGCGAGGCGGCGAAAAGGAUGGCGAAAACGUGCAGGAGUCCCACAGCUGCCUCAAGCUCGUCCGCAAGAUGCUAGCCAACAGUCGGCACAACAUGUCCAGUCUGCCUCGCCUCUUCGCCGAAGUCACAUCCCUCCUGGGGUCGCUCUGGCGGGCCGCGCCAAGCCAUCAGUCCAUCAUCAGAGCGCUCCGGGAGAGUCCGGACUUCUGGAAGCAACUCACCGAGACACUGAGCGUCAGCAUCGAGCGGCACCUCCACGCCUACAACGUGCGCCAAGCUGCCUUGAAUCCAACCAAGGCCGCCAAAUCGCCCAGCGGCAGCGAAAAGGGGAAGGAACGGCUGACUGACGACCUCGAUGACGAACCGGGUUAG